GAAAUUUCCUUGUUACGUGUUAUUAUGUAGGACAUGUCAGCCCUAGUGUUACGUUAAUUAAAAAAAAAACCAAAGUAUCAACGUACUGUGUGAAACUAGCGAAAAAAUAGCAGUGAAAAAUCGUUUCUUGUUUGCUACAACUGAAUUUCAUAGACACCAACAGGUUAUGUGAUCUUAUAAAGUGUUUGGUACAUAGUAGCUAGUACAAACAAUUAAAGAGGAGAGUAGCUAUACAAGGUAUCUUGCAGGUUUUAGCUAGGCUGGCAAAUCAAGUGUUUUACAUCAUUACUUUCUUGAAUUUAUAAUUUCACUUCUUUGUAUUUCCCUUUUCCUCAGUGUGAUUUAAUUUUUUUUGUAUUAAAUAAUCUUUUACCAGGAAACAAUGGAUAAUCUAUGUAUCGCCCUUAAUAAAGAGUUUGAUAUUCCCAUUGAUAAUCUCGAAGUUUACCUCGAAAAAACCUGUGCUGCUGCUGCUGAACAACCUCUGGACGACAAGGUUAUCUGUACUCUAAAGAAGUUGUCGGCAUUACUUUGGCAGCGCUAUCAGAUAAGUCGCGGAGAAUGUUCUGAAUUACAAUGCACGCUAUCAGAGGAGUUGCUUCUGAACUCAGAAAGACUUCGUACUUUAACAAUCCUCCGUCGCGAUGAAAAGAAGUAUCAGGACAGAUUGCAGAAAAAUUCAUGGUUACUAGAAAGAGUACGGGAACGUGGCAGAACUCACAUCCGAAUUGCUAGGGAAGCUCAAGAUCUCAAACGCUACGUAGAAGAACAAAGGGAGACUAUUGUUCAAUUGAAAAAAGACAUCAGUCGCCUGAAAAAGAAGUGUGGUAGGCAAAAUCACACUUCAUCCCAGCACUAUCGAGUUGGCUAGCUACGUAUCCCUGGCAAUACGUUUGGAAAAUGACGAAUCCCUGUGACGAAUCCCUGUUUAAAUAUCAAUUUCCUUGUCUUUUGAGAUUUAGUGCUUCUUCGAUGCAAUUUGGCAAUUUCUGAAAGGCAAAAUUAGAGGAAUGAAAAGGAAAAAAAUAAAAUUUCAAAUGAUCCCAUGCCGCAGCCUAUUCUCACUAAGAAAGUAAUAAACACAAUGGUGGGCUA